CACACACUCGCUCACUCUCUCGUUGCUCACUCACUCCCCUGCUCUCACUCCCCUGCUCCAGUACGAGCUCGCCGCCGCGCGCCGUCUUCGAGGCCGGUGGCCGUCGACCUCCUUGCCGCAAUGCCUUCCUGGAACGACAAGGAAACCAGCUCGGAGGAGGAGUGCGAGGUUGUCAGCAUGGACAUGGGACUUAUGGAGGAACCAGACACCACUGUGGAGCCCCUUUUCUGUGGCCAACUUGAGCUUGCUCAUCCCAAGUGCAUUCUGCACCAACUGAGGCCUAUUAAGCGUGUUGCUUUUGAAGGGCCUGUAACAGGGAGGCGUUUCUAUGGCUGCCCAGUCCAGGAAAAUGGUGUGAAUUGUGGUGUUGUAGAGUGGGUUGAUGGGCCUUGGCCAACUGUUCUUCAGAGAUGUUUGUGCAAGCUAUGGGAGAUGUUCCAUGAGCAGAACUUUGGAAGGGUACAGGACAAGGAGAAGUUUGAGCAGGAGUUGGCCAGGCUUAAGAGUGAACAUGAAAGGGAGUUGGCCAAGCUGAGGACUGAAAAUGACAAGCUUUGCAUUGAGUACACCAAGCUUGUUGAUGAUGUAUCCAAGAUGUUUGAUUGGCAGGAUGGUAGGGUGGACAAGAAACAAGUGGAGGAGGAAGAACUUGAGAAGAAGAAGAAGGAGCUAGAGGAGAAAGCCAUGUUGGAGGUGCAGAUGGAAAAGCUCAAACUUGCAAAAGAGCAGAGGUGCAUUUUGCAGAGCCAAGCUGAUAUCAUCAAGAACACUAGGAAGGCUAUGAAGGAUGUUGAAGUUGACAGAGAUGUUCUUAAGAAGGAGAAGGCAAAGCUUGAGCUUGUUGUUGCUGAGCUGCUGAAUGAAGGGUAUGGCAGCAAGGAGAAGUUAGAGCAAAUCAAGGCCAUCCUUGAGUCUUGAACUUGCUGUGAUAUGUUGGUGAAGUAAGUACAUCCAAAGGCCUUUAUAUAAGGAUGUGGCCUGGUAUGAUUUCAAGUAAUUAUGGGUGUACAUUUUGGGGGAAUGUGAAGUUUAACCUAGUGUGUAAGAGCCUUAUUUCCUAUGUUGUUAAGUUGUAAUGGAUCACCUAUGGUAUUAAGUGUUGUAAUGGA